AUGGCCGCGCAAUGCCCACUGUGGAUGGGGCUGGUCCUGCUGGGGGCCUUGGGGGCCCUGCAGACCCCAGCCCAGGCCCAGGUCUCCGUGCAGCCCAACUUCCAACAGGACAAGUUCUUGGGGCGCUGGUUCAGCGCGGGCCUCGCCUCAAACUCGACCUGGUUCCGGGAGAAGAAAGCGUUGCUGUCCAUGUGCAAAUCCAUGUUGGCCCCCACCGCCGACGGCGGCCUCAACCUCACCUCCACCUUCGUCAGGAACAACCAGUGUGAGACCAGGACCAUGGUGCUUCAGCCGGCCGGGCCUCCAGGCCGCUACAGCUACCAGAACCCCCACUGGGGCGGUAUGCACGAAGUCUCAGUGGUGGAGACGGACUACGACCAGUAUGCUCUCCUGUGCACCCAGGGCUCCAAGGGGCCUGGGCACGCCUUCCGCAUGGCCACCCUCUACAGCCGAACCCAGAGCCCGAGGGCUGAGUUUAAGGAGAAAUUUGCUGCCUUUGCCAAGGCCCAGGGCUUCACAGAGGACACCAUUGUCUUCCUGCCCCAAACUGGUGAGGGGCCCCUAAUCCCAUGGCGGGGGGAUUAA